AAAACGAAACGACGCGACACUGCGACAGGUUGGUUUCUGUUAGCACGUAGGUUUGUUUUGUGAUUGAGGUUAAGUUAAAUUUCAGUUGAACUUGGUGGAUUAAAGCAAUGGCAAAUGAAAAUAAGAAGAGAAUAACCCAAAAUGAAUUGCGAAGAAUUAUGUCGGAACAAAAAAAGAAAUUUAUUUCUUCUCCAAGAAAAAUAGAAUCUCCGUUGGCAAAGUAUAAAGAGGAUGGCACACUGACAUGUAUUGUUUGCGAGAGUAUCAUCCGCAGUGAUGCUGUUUGGAUAGUUCAUCUCAACUCCAAACAACAUAAAGACAAUAUUGCACGCAGGAAGCAGCAGUUACUCCCACCUAAACCACCACCUGAACCUCCUUUAGUUGUCUACAAGAGGCCAGCCACCCCACCACCAUUUGUGCCAGCCAAGAAACUGAAAGGAAUUUUAAAGAAUGCACCAGCGCCUAAACUGCCGGAAGGGUUUUUUGAGAGUGAGAUCAAAAGUCAGUCAAAGACAGAAGCUGUGAAGGAGAUAACUUCAGAUGGUAAUGCAGGCUUUUCUCCGGAAAUGGCACCAAAGCCCCUAGAAGCUAUGGAAACAGAAGAGGAGACAGACGAAGAGGCAACAGGGCAGUCCAAAGAUCCUCUUCCUGAAGGAUUCUUUGAUGAUCCAGUUAUGGAUGCAAAGGCACGGAACGUAGAAUACAAAGACCCUAUACAGGAAGAGUGGGAGAGGUUUCAGAAAGAGAUCAAGGAACAGACGACUGUCUCCACACAGAUUAUAGAGGGGGACACAGAAGAGGCUACAACAGAACGGCAGAUACACGAACUGGAUGAACAGCUCAGUAACUGGUCCAGGGUUCUGGAUUUAGAGAAGAAGAAGGAAGCUGUACAGUCUGUGCUGACCAAGAGUAUCAGUGACAACACAGUUGAGGAGUCUAGCGGAGAAGAUGAUGACUUUGAUGAGUUUCUGGACUGGCGAGCUAAGAAGGCGUUUAAGUGAUGUUUUCAUCAUACAACUGUUUAUAUUGUACAUAAUUCUUGACUCAUUUUAUAAAUAUGUAAAAUAUACUGAAAAUUUAUUUCAUUA